GGCACAGAUAGGAGAGAGCUUUCUGUAGGAAUCGAAAUAAAGCAUAGGGUGAAUUUUCCGCUUAGAAGUUUGAAACAAAACAGUCACACGCGAGCACCGGCACAGGACGGUUAUGCUUUAGGUUCUGUUCUAGCGUAAGAAAAAGUGAGAAUUUCAAAUUAUUAUUACAGUUCCGAGUAGUUGACCGUUUCAUCUCAUACGUAUUAAAACAAAGUUUAAUUUGCAACAAGAAAAUUUAAAACGUUCUCACCAGUAAAAAAAUACUUCAUUUAUGCUGAUUAAAUAGUGUAACAUUAUCACAAACUCUCUUAUUUCUGAUCGGACUAAUCGAAUUAGAAGAGCAAGCUAAAAGUGCAAUUUUAUAAAGCUGUCAGUGCCUGUGGAUAGAUCAAGCGUUACGAAAUUAGUUAUCUAAUGUGCCGGUCUAAUGGUCGAGUUGAAACUAUUUUUCUAGUCGCUUUGCAUUUCGCAUGCUAUAAGGUGCAAAAGUUUGAACCAUCACCAGAAAGACAUACUGUUAUCCUCGUAGUAAUGAAAGCGUAAAUUGUAAGCGUAAGUUGAUGCAUACAAAAGUUAUAAUAUCUUAAUCAACGAGAAGCGUCGUCCUGCAGACAGUAUUUGCACCGAAUGAGAAAUAAUCCAUCAUCAUCAAUUAUCUACAGUUCUAUCAUCAGUGAGAAAUAAAUUCCUUGAAGCGUAUAGUUGGACUGGAUCCUAGUGAGUGUUUGCUUCACGUUUGUACAGAAGGAAAAAAACCGUUGCAGUUUUUGACAACGACGAGGAGAGAGAUUAUUCCAAUGAAAUAGUUAACCAACGGCCAGCAUUCGGCUCAAGAUGAAUAACAGCAAGAUGCAAAUACGGGAGAGCUUCACAGCGGAUGGUGCGACAAGACCGUAUAGUGAAAAUCGGGGUUAUUUUAUCACGAGAAUGACCCUUUUGACGACAAUGGCGAUACUCAGCUGCCUCGUGGUAGGUACCGGUCUCCUCAUAUAUCAAUUUGCUAGCUGCCAAGAAGCGCCAGUCCAUGCCAGCAUAAGCGAUCAUCAUUUCCAUUUUGUCACAAACCACACGCGGUUACAUAUUGACACGACUAGUAUGCCGGCUCGAACCGACAUUGGCACCGUUCCACUAACGACAAGCACAUCUUCUACUAUCUCCAUAACUGAAACCAUCGAUUCCGUUACAGUUGGAGAUCAAUCUAACACUAGUCACAAUAAAUCGGUAUCCGAAGAUGACAAUCUACGAUUACCCAGAUCAAUUGAGCCGAUUGCGUACAACAUUCGAUUAAUCCCCUUCAUAUUUGAAAACAAUUUUACGUUUACUGGGAAGAUCGGAAUAGAGCUGCUGGUGAAGGAGGACUGUGAUAAUAUAACGCUUCACGCGGUUGCUCUCAAAAUACACGAAGCAUACGUUCAGCGACAUGAAUUACCAGCAUCGACUGAAAAGGCAGAUACUAGUGACAGUCGCUACACUCGUCGGCUCCGAAGAAACAGAGAAUUUACAAGCGAUGAUAACCAAAUAUCAGAUGACGAUGCUAAUUUAUUGACACAUGUUGAAAUAGAACGACAAUAUAUCGUGGAUAGUAAACAAUUUUUGGUGCUCAAACUUAAAGAAAAAUUAAAAAUUGGUGAACGGUACACGGUACACAUAAAAUUUGAUGGGAUACUCAAUGACUACCUUCAAGGAUUCUACCGGAGUUCUUACACUGUUCAAAAUGAAACAAGAUGGCUAGCCACUACUCAGUUUCAACCAACGGACGCUCGUCGUGCUUUUCCGUGUUUUGACGAGCCAGCAUUGAAGGCGCGAUUCAGCAUAAGUUUGGCAAGACCUCGUCAUAUGACCUCAUUAUCAAAUAUGCCCAAAAUAAGUUCCUAUUCAGCCAGCGAAGAUGGAUUGAAGGACUACGUGUGGGAUGUUUACCAACAGUCGCUCCCCAUGCCUACAUAUCUCGUAGCAUUUGUAGUAUGCGAUUUUGUCAAUUUAACAUCUAAUAAUUUCGCUGUUUGGGCACGAUCCGAUGCCAUAAUUUCAUCCCAAUACGCUCUCGAUAUAGGACCAAAAAUUUUGAAAUAUUUGGAAGAGUUCUUCGACAUAGAGUAUCCCCUGCCGAAAAUGGAUAUGAUAGCCUUGCCUGAUUUCAGUGCAGGAGCUAUGGAGAAUUGGGGACUCAUAACAUACCGCGAAACUGCCAUGCUCUACGAGACAAACAUUUCUGCGAAGAGUAACAAACAACGAGUGGUCACAGUAGUCGCACAUGAGCUGGCUCAUCAGUGGUUUGGAAAUUUAGUAACCCCUUCAUGGUGGACAGAUCUAUGGCUGAACGAGGGAUUUGCAAGCUACAUGGAAUAUUUAGGUGUAGAUGCCGUUGAACCAGCGUGGAAAUCAAUGGAACAAUUUGUGGUUAACGAGCUGCACAAUGUAUUCUCGUUAGACGCUCUCUCUUCUUCGCAUCAAAUUUCUGUUAAUGUUCACAAUCCAGAAGAAAUAAAUGAAAUUUUCGAUAAAAUUUCUUACGGUAAAGGAGCAGCAAUCAUACGGAUGAUGGAUCAUUUCUUGACGGCAGUUGUAUUCAGGAAAGGACUGACAAACUACUUGAAUGAUAAAAAAUACCAAAGCGCAGAACAAGAUGAUCUUUGGAUGUAUCUUACCGAAGCAGCAAGAGCUGAAGAUAUAUUCGAUGGUUCCACAACUGUGAAAGAAAUUAUGGACACGUGGACUUUGCAGACGGGAUUCCCUGUUGUGAAAGUGACUCGAGACUACGAUAGUAAAAGUAUUGAGUUUUUCCAGGAACGAUUCAUAUUUAUUGAACCCUUUAGCAAUACUUCCGAUAAAAGUUAUGAAAAACCUUUAUGGUGGAUUCCUAUUACAUACACGACGCUAGGCGAACGAAACUUUAACAAUACCAAACCAUACGUUUGGAUGAAAGCAGAAGAAAAGCUUUUACUUCAGGAAAUGGAUAUUCCCAAUCACGAUUGGAUUAUUGUGAACAUUCAGCAAACCGGAUACUAUCGGGUAAACUAUGAUCAGCAAAAUUGGGAUAUGAUUAUCAAUCACCUGAGAGACCGAGAUAAUUUCAAAUCCAUUGCUCCAUCCAACCGAGCUCAACUUAUCGAUGACGCACUCAACCUUGCUCGUGGAGGAUACCUUAACUAUAGCAUUGCAUUGAAUAUUACCAGAUAUCUGGUCCACGAAACUGAUUACGUGCCAUGGAAAGCGGCUAUUAACGCAUUGAACUUCAUCGAUUCAAUGUUGAUCAAAACAAGUAACUACUUUAGAUUCAAAAAAUACUCCCUGCACCUGUUGAAACCAAUUUACGCAAAAGUGGGAUUCGAUGAUUCAAAAGAUAGCUCUUUGUUGACGAUUUACAAACGAGUUGACGUACUUACAUCUGCUUGUCAUCUAGGAUACAGAGAAUGUGUGAGCAAAUGUGUUCAAAAAUUCUAUGAAUGGAUGCAUGAAGUACAUCCUGACAUCAAUAACCCUAUUUCCCCAAACUUAAAGAACAUUGUGUACUGCACAGCAAUAAAGUAUGGUGACGAAGCUGAAUGGGAUUUUGCCUGGCAGAGGUUCCAGAAAACGACAAUUUCAAGUGAGAAAGAAACACUUCUAUCUGCUCUCGGAUGCUCCCGAGAAACGUGGAUUUUAACAAGAUUUUUAGAAUACUCAAUGACUGAUGAGUACGGAAUUCGUAAGCAAGAUGUGUUCCGUGUAUUUCUUGCUGUAUCGAACAAUGUAAUAGGUCAGCCGAUUGCUUUCAGCUAUAUUCGAAACAAUUGGAAGAAAAUGAAAGAAUAUCUCGGAACUUCAAUGUCCAAUUUGAAUAUGAUUCUCAAAUAUUCUACAAAACGUCUGAAUACACAGUACGAGCUUGAUGAAUUGAAGGAGUUUGCGCAAACACAAUUGAAGGACACUGGAAGAACUAUACAACAAGCAAUUGAAAGAGCUCAAGCUAAUAUUCUAUGGAUGGACAUGAAUGCCAACACAAUCGAUCAAUGGUUAAGCGAAGUUAUCUAUGACCCUGAUGAUAUAUAAAAUAGUGUGUACUAGAAAGAAGGAAUGAGGUUUCCAUAUUGUUGCACAACUUACAUAAGUGUUCCUCAUGGUACUGCGCACUAUGUUUGCAUACUGUUGUUGUAUGUUAAAACUAUAUUUUAAGUGUCCAAAAGCUUCAAGACUGUAAAUAUUCUGGCUGAAGUUUGAUCGAAACACGUUAGCAAAAGGAGUCUCCAAACCUAGGAUAAAAUUUUAAAUACCUGAUUACUGCAUUGACUUAUUUUACCUAAGUUUACAGGAGCAUCGCUUAAAUUUCUCACUUACAUACCAAUGAAUGACUGUUGGUCAGAUCAAACGGUAAUUGCCACCCUAUUUUGCAAUAAUUAAACUUGUACUUAAGCUGUA